GCUUAGGCUCUAUACAAACCGCACCCAAAAUAAAUUUUCAUUUCAUCGUAAAGACUUCGGUGCUGAAAAUGUUUUUCUACUAUUUCAAAGGUGCGCUCGCGCCCUACUUUGAUUGUUUAGGGCCUUAGCCUUGUACAAAUUACACCCUUUCUUAAUUAGCAGUUUAGCACACGGCUCGGUUCCUCUAACUUGAAAGGCUCAGCAAAACCCUAAGUCGAGACCUUCUCUUGUGCAUCAAUGGCGGAUAAAACGGGAAAGUCUUCUACUCCUAUUUCAAAUGGGGGAAAAGCUUCUUCGAAGUUCAAACCAGUUGCAGCAUCAGCAAAAGGGAAGGCAACCACAGCAAAAGAUGCAAAUGUAGGGAAAGAAAAUUGGGACAAGGCAGGAAAAGCGGGUAAGGGCGGUUCGUCACGAGAAGGAAAGAAAAGUGCACCAGUUGUGGAACUAAACAUUGAGCAAGAACUUCCAAGUGACUCAAGAUGUCUGAUGGACUGUGAGGCAGCCAUUAUGUUAGAGAGAAUUGAAGAGCAGCUGCGGACAUUAUCUAAUGAUCCAGCAAUCAAAAUUCCUCAAUCUUUCAACCUAGGUUUGAAGUAUGCAAAGAGCUGCACCUAUUAUAAGAAACCUGAGUCUGUGAAACAAGUCCGAGAACUUCUUGGAAGAUACCAGCUCUCAGAUGUUGAGUCAUGUUUGAUUGCUAAUGCUCACCCAGAAACAGUUGAAGAAGUGUACUCUUUCGUGCCAUCCUUUAAGGCAAAGAAACAUGUGAGUCGUGGAUCAAUCAGUAAAAUGUUGUUUGACCUUGCAGAGAUAGAAAGUUCCCAGCAGGGCUCCCUUCAAGAUCCCUGACUUACAGCACCGAAGCUGACCAAAGAUGGCUCAUGAUUGAGGUUGCAUUAAGAAGGUUUUUGGUAUUGAAACUGCACAUUUUGUAUAUUUCAUGUAUAGUUUUCAUAUCCUGAACAGUGAAAGGGAUGGUUUCUCCUAGUCUAAACACUACACCCAUACCAUCCCAAUGGACGGUCCAGAUCAGGUUUUGUUUUGUGUAAGACCUGGACCAUUCAGAUCUUAAGCUUUAUCAAAUAGCUGAUGCUGACGGCAAGCAUUGCCCCAACAGAUGGCUGAUCCUUUAUCCAGAGAUAUGUUGAAUUGCUUGAUGGAUUCUUAUUUUUGUUGUAUUUUACGUACAGCAUUUGUGAUAUAUGAGAACACAGGUGUUAAUGCCUUAAAUGGAUGUGAGAGACCAACAGUACAUGUGAAUGUUCAUCAUACUACAGUUAAACCACUGUCCAUUUAGGGAAAUGGAGUUGGAUGA